AUGGCCGUCUCGGCCGCUCGUCGUCUUGGUCUUGAUCCUCCCGAGUUUUUUAGUGAGGGGGAGGAUGAGGACGCAGAGGAAGAGGAGGUGAACUCUCCUGAAGAUCAAGAUAUCCAAGACGGAAGCUCGAUGGCCCCUCAUCCGAACAUGCUUUCUUGCCCAAUUGUGGACGGUUACCCCAGUGUUUUAGAGUAUUCUCUAGAAGUGGAUGCUGUGUUUUGUCUUCUGUGUUUUCUCUUUAAUAAGCCUAAUGGUCAUCCAGGACAAAGGGCCUUCACAGUAGAUGGAUUUCGUAAUUGGAAGAAAGUUAGAAAUGGGAUGAGAUGCCCUUUACUAAAUCAUGUGGGUAAAGACCCAAAUUCAUCUCAUAAAUUAUGCGAGCAAGCUUGUGAAGAUUUAUUGAACCAAGCUCAACAUAUGCCACAUGUAAUUAUGAGACAAACAUUGCAGCAAAUAGCAGAUAAUCGAUUGCGACUAAAAGCUUCUAUUGAUGCAGUCUUAUAUUUGGUAUUUCAGGGAUGCGCCAUGAGAGGCCAUGAUGAAAAAAGAGGCUCUGUAAAUCGUGGUGACUUUCUAGAGCUUGUAACUCUCUUGUCUUCCUAUGAUAAAAAUGUUGCCAAAGUUGUCUUAGACAAUGCCCCAAAAAAUUCUUCUUAUAUCUCCUCAGACUCACAAAAAGAGAUUUUACAAGUUGUAUCUGAGAAGGUAAAGUGGGAAAUACGUGAAGAAAUAAACAAUGCAAACUAUUGCAUCAUUGUUGAUGAAGCUAGUGACAUGUCAAGAAAGGAGCAAAUGGCCAUUGUUCUAAGAUAUGUUGACAAUGAUGGCUUUGUAAGAGAGCGUUUUUUCAGCCUCGUUCAUGUUUCUGACACCUUGUCUAUGACUCUAAAAAAUGAAAUAUGUUCGGUUCUCUCUCACUAUGAUUUUGACAUUCGAAAUAUAAGAGGACAGGGUUAUGACGGAGCAAGUAACAUGAGAGGGGAAUGGAAUGGGUUGCAAGCUCUUAUUUCUAGAGAAUGUCCUUAUUCUUACUACAUUCAUGGUUUUGCCCAUCGGUUGCAAUUGGCAUUAGUUGCUGCAUCUAAAGAAGUAAUCCCUGUUUAUCAAUUCUUUUCUAAAUUGGCUUCCAUUGUCACUUUUGUUUUGGGUUCUUGCAAGCAUAGUGAUGAACUGAGAGCCACUUUUGCCACUGAAAUUGCUUCUUUGAUUGAAAGUAAUGAGCUUCAAACUGGGACGGGCCUCAAUCAAAUGAUGAAUUUGCAGCGACCUGGAGACAUACGUUGGAGUUCCCAUUUGAAAUCUAUUUCGAGCUUGAUAAAGAUGUUCAGGGCAACAUGUAAUGUUCUUGGAAAAAUUGUGGAUGAGGGAAAUACUCCUUCUCAACGAGGGGAAGCAUUUUCAUCUCUCGAGGCUAUGAAUUCCUUUGAAUUUGUUUUUGUCUUACAUCUCAUGAAAGAAAUUAUGGAGAUUACAGAUUCUCUUUGCCAAGCUUUGCAACGCAAGUCUCAAGAUAUAUUAAAUGCAAUGCACCUUGUCUCAAGCACAAAGGAUCUUCUCCAAAAUUUAAGAGAUAACGGAUGGGAAACACUUCUUGCAAAGGUGAAAUCAUUCUGUGAAGUUCAAUCUGUUGAUGUCCCUGAUAUGAGUACUUGUUAUGUUGAGAGACGAGGUCGUGCUCGACGUCAAAGAUAUAUUGUUUCAGUUGAACAUCAUUAUCGAGUUGAUAUUUUCAAUGCUGCUAUUGAUUUCCAAUUACAGGAACUGAACAACAGAUUUAGUGAGAAAGCAGUGGAGUUACUCAUGCUUAGUUGUGCUUUGGAUCCUAGAGAAUGGUUCUAUCCUCAAGAUUUUACAGAUUUUGAGAAAGAAGAAUUGAGAGUUCAAUUACUUCAUUUUGAGGCAGAGAUCACUAAAAAUGGUGAUGCGCAAAAACUAUCUGGUAUUUCUGAAUUAUGCCGAUGGUUGGUGGAGACCAGAAAAUAA